AUGAAAAGUGGAUGUCAUGGAGGAAGCGAGCGCGGCGACCAGCUUGCUGUCUGGUCUACGCAAGAGCCGGCUGACAAAGACAUUGAUGAGACGGGUUCUGAGUAUUCAAGCGCACCGAGCACGACAUUUUCAAGGCAGCAGAGCUACAUCUCGGAGCUGGCAGACGCCUUGUCCCGUGAAACUCAGUCGUUGAAUGUAGACGAAGAGACGCAAACCCGGGUCUCGAGGGCAUUGCCCCAGCUUCUGAAGACUUUUGCGCUGAAAAUUGGACAUCAUGCUCCUACGCAAAUGCAUCGGGAUACUAUGACUUUUGUGCACAGGCAUAGACGUGAAAUUGCCGCGGUCUUUACAGACAUCGGGUUCAAAAAAGAGGAAGAGAACAUCGAGGAAAGCACGCCUGAUUCGAAUGCCAUGGGCCUGGAGGAGCGCGUAAGCCGUUGGCUUAGAGACGAAAGCCUCGAAGAACCCGGACAAGAGGAAGAGCGUCAGAUGAGAUCUAGCAGUACAAACCCAACGCCGCUGGCCAUUCCGGACGACCAAUCCGCGAGCGAGCCUAGCAAGGCACCCACGCCCAUGGAUGUGGAAGAUGCGGAGGAUGAGGAUGUGCCUGAGAAUUGGCUCAACGCCUACCGAGAGUUCGUCUUCAGCACUGAUGCUUUCAAAUGGCUACUCGCACGCUUGCGGAAGGAAUUCCACCUCGUUCACACGGAAUCGAACACCAUCCAAGUAAUCGGAGAAAGGAUUAUGUCUUCACUCCCCACACCUCACAGGAUUAGUAGGAAACUGCCUUCUCACACCUGCGGUGCUAGAUUUGACCUCAAGUGGGACAUAUUUCGUUUUUUCGAGGCACAGGAGUAUUCAAAGCCGCCGGAUGAGGUGCUUGAAGGUGUCAUCACUGUGACGGGGUCUUGUUUGGACGCGCAAGCCGCAACUUGUGCUCAGUACAUGCAUCAGACUUGGCCGUUGACAGGAGAGGUGACACUUCAAUUGAUCAAGGAUGUCCUCAGAGACGGAAAAUGUCAUUCUUGCGAACUAGCAGACGGAACGAAGCUCAGCGCGUGGAUCAGCAAUUCGAGGCUCAUUGCCGAAGCUAAUGGUGUGCCGGCUUCCGUCGCAGAGACUGGAGAACAGCUUGCUUGGCUUGGGGCCGCUUUGACGACUUCGAUGCAACAGAGCGGGCUCGUCUACUGCACACCGAUUAUCACUGGGAUCGUCCGGAACAACGCGUCACCGUCUCAGCUCGGACUUCAGUCAUCAAUCGAUCUCACCUGCACGAUUGAGUUUACGAUAGAAGAGGUACCACGAGCCCCCAGCACUGUCAAUGGCCAGUGCUGGCAUGACAUUUUCAGGAAUCUAGUCGUCGUGAGGGGAUACCCUAUUCCCCAACGAGCCGAGUGGAGUACCGGCCUGGAGAUUCCUCUCAACAUUAUGGCGAGACUAGCUCGAUCUCAGCAAGUCGAUAGAUUCAAGGACAAGGUCUACAUCAAGGGCUUCUCAACGAUGUUGGUUCCGAUCCGGCAGAAUCAAGAUAUUCUUUGCUGGCAUUUGAUCUACAACAAGGACGGAAGUCGGAUAUCUUACCUGGAUGAUUUUGUGGAUCAAGAACAGCACAUUGCUCACCUAAAACUAGAAAAACUAGAAAACCUUCGCCAUGUCUUGGGAUGGUGCUCGAAGGUCCGAUUCAAUGCUGGUUCGACCCUAGCAGACCACCCCCCCGUCGCUCAUUCAGGCCUUCCCGAACCUCGCAAAGGGGGUGCACUCACCAAGACUUAUGUGCAUCGAGGGCAGACCAUCAUCGACGACUCGUCCUGCCACUUAGGUGCCAAGGAUACGCCUGUCCAAGUACCUCGUGAUCCUUACCAUGUCCGGCUCAACUGGAUAUCCACCAAGUUCGUCCUCCUCUGGGAUGAGCGCGACAAACGGGGUUGGCUCAUCAACGGUACGAGUGCUCUAUUGCAUGUUGUACGAGCAUCUUUGGCACAUGACGGGACCAGAUUUCGAUCUUCGUGGGCUUUUAGAAGCAAGGACCUGCAAGUAUCGGAGGGGCCCUUCACGGCCAACUCUUCCAUUGACGUGCUGAACAUACCCGAGAACCUGAACCUUACGCUGUUUCGCAGGGAUGAAAAUUCUCUUCUCAAGAGCCGGGUUGAGUACUUUUGCAACGUGUUGGAGAAACUCAUCGACCAUCAGGCUGACAUUGCGGGAGACCACGGUGUGAAAUUGAGUAACAUGCCGAGAAUGUGUCUUGAGGGCUGGGACUUCGAGGACCUGGCGACGAGGAUCGACCGGUUGCCCUCGCGCGCGGCCAAACUGGAGGCCGGCGGCAAAGCAUGGGUUGAUUUCACGAGAGCCAUUCAAGCUGUCACGUUAGUUGGGAGUGGCUUUGGCGAUAUUGUCCAGCCGAAUGACCCGGAUAUUUGCAGUGACUGGGCCAAGCUGCCAAAACACAAAUAUUACAUCGCAACGUGCGUCUCUGAUUUGAGCAGGGUGGUCAAACAGCAUGGCUUUCCCGACGACGGCCGCAUUCAGCUCAGCGAUAACCUGAUAUGGCAUACUCCAAAGACUAUCUUCGGAUCCUGUCAAUGCAGCGGUGCCUUAAGGCAAGGCCGUUGCGAUCCAGUACAAACGGUUUUCCCGUUAGCACUUUCUAGCGAGUUACCUAAAGAGUCACGCCAUUCAGACAGACAACGAUUGAUACUUGGACCAACAGAUGAUAAAGGAGCUCUCAUUUUUGGACAUAGUCCCAAUUUCUCGUGGGUCUGGGAGGACGCCGGCCAUCCAAAAGAAGGUAACCUCGAAGACCUAGGUUCAUCUAAAGACAGCGGUAUUGGUUCAACUUUGACAACGUCGGAGUCUGAGAGGCAAUCAGGGUCAAGCAUUCGUUCGAUGUGGUCUUCGAGUGACAUCCAACCCAACACUACGAUGAAAACAUAUCCCCGAAAUGAUUACACUGUCGGAAUCAUUUGCGCAUUGUCGAAGGAGCUAAAGGCAGUACGAGCACUCUUUGACACACCCCACGGCAGGCCCAAGACACCAGACGGGGACAAUUAUUAUUAUGCGGCCGGCCAAAUGGCGCAGCACAUGGUCGUAACCGCAUGCCUCCCGACUGGCAAGUAUGGGAUCACCGAAGCCGCAAUCCUGGCGUCGAACAUGAGACGCAGCUUCCGCGGCGUUCAAUUCUGCCUCUUAGUUGGCAUCGGUGGCGGCGUGCCCUCAGAACAGAACGACAUUCGCCUUGGUGACGUAGUCGUUGGCAUUCCCCAAGGUAUUUACUCUGGUGUAUUUCAGCACGAUUUCGGCAAAGAAAAAGAGAGCGGCGUCUUCGAGCGAACGGGUACGUUGCAAGGCCCUCCAGACCGCCUGGUCAAUGUCAUUAGCUUCUUGCAAUCGGAACCGAACCCGGCGUACGAUCCACUACGGCCGCAUCUCGACAAAAUCGCCGAGACAAUCCCUCCGACCGCUGAUGGCAAGCCCCACAAAUACCGCCAUCCAGGCCAGGAGCGCGAUAAGCUGUUCGAAACCUGUUCAACGUGCCCAUCAUCGCAAAAUGACUGCCCUACAGGGGGAUCCCAUGUGCAGCAGCGCGGCCCGCGGCCGACAAACAAGCCGAUGGUUUACUACGGACUCAUAGCGUCAGGAAACUGCGUUGUUAAAGAUGCAGCAUUCCGCGACAACCUAGCUCGCGACCAGCCCGUGAUGUGCAUCGAGAUGGAAGCCGCUGGCGUGGUCAACACAUUUCCCUGCCUCGUGAUUCGCGGCAUCUGCGAUUAUUGUGAUGUGCAGAAGAACGACGACUGGCAGGAAUAUGCGGCCGCCACGGCGGCGGCGUAUGCGAAGCAUUUGCUCAGCGAGACCAGGGGACUUAAACGUCGACGGUCAGAAUAUGAUGGGGAACGAGAGAGCGGUAGGGUGCAAUAG